GCCAGGGAUCAGCCGGAGGGGUGCCAGGGAUCAGGCAAAGGGGUGCCAGGGAUCAGGCGGAGGGUGCCAGGGAUCAGUAGAAAGUACCAGUUUGUUCUGUUCCGGGCCGGCAGCCAUGGUGUCUCCAGUUACUGUGGUAAAGAGCGAAGGGCCAAAGCUGGUGCCAUUUUUCAAGGCCACUUGUGUGUAUUUUGUGCUGUGGCUCCCGACCUCCAGCCCCUCCUGGUUCAGUGCCCUCAUUAAGUGCUUGCCCAUCUUCUGCCUGUGGGUGUUCCUGCUAGCCCACGGGCUCAACUUCCUGGUCACCCACCGAUGCGCCAAAAGGAUCUUUGCCGGAUUAAUAUUCUCAGCCUUGGGAGACGCCUUCCUGAUCUGGCAGGAGCAGGGCUACUUUGUGCACGGGCUGCUCAUGUUCUCCAUCACCCACAUCCUUUACUCGUCUGCGUUUGGGAUGAAGCCAUUGGACCUUCGCACUGGGACGGUUAUGGGGCUCAUCUCCGGGGCCAUGUACUCCUUCCUGUACACCUACCUCUCCGGCCCCUUCACCUACCUGGUUGCCGUAUACACGGCUCUGAUAGCCUUUAUGGGCUGGAGGGCCAUGGCCGGGGUGCAGCUCUGGAACGACCUCUGGACCUGGACCAAGCUUUCCGCCUGUGUCGGUUCCGUGCUCUUCAUCGUGUCGGACCUGACCAUCGCCGUCAACAAGUUCUGCUUCCCGGUGCCCUGCUCCCGGGCCAUCAUCAUGGCUACUUACUACGCGGCCCAGAUGCUCAUCGCCCUGUCGGUGGUUGAGUGCCGGGAUGAGGAAGACUAUAGGCGGAGGAAGUAGGACGGACAGUUUGGGGUCCAAUGGGAUUUGGCUGAUGGGGAUCAGUGUUCCUUUAGCUGAGGCACAUUAUUUGCCCCCCCAGCAGGUACCCCCAAUCUCUCAGAGGAACCUUCUGAUGAACAAUGUGUAUUAUGUACCCCCAGGGGCCCGACCCUAUGCUGCUUAUUGCCUCCCCAAUGGGCCAAUCAGACUGUAGCCCUGCUGUAAAGAGGGAGAGAGAUGCCCUUAGGGGCCACACCUAUUGGCCUGGGGGCCACCCCAGCUCUCUCCACCUCUAUGGGGUUUUUAGGGGCAUAUUUGACGUGAGCUAUUUUUGCCCUUUGCUAAAUCUGCCCCCUUGUGGGAUGGAGCUGUGGGCGGAGACAGAGACCCCAGGAAGCCUCUUGGGAAUAUUGGGGGCAAUAGCUGUAAUGGAAAGAUACCCCCCCGGGCCUCACUUACAUUAGCUGCUGUUAGAGACUCUUAUCAUUAUUGUAUAACAAUCGGUUUCCUUUCUCUCUUCUGUGAUUGGUGGAUUUCAUAGAAACUGAUUUGCUUCGCUAAAUGUCAGUACAGAAAAUCUGAAUAA